CGAGUUUCUGGUGGCUGUCUUGCCGUACUGUUAUCGCUAAUCAUUAUUUUUAUUUUUGUUCCAUUUAAACGGACAAGCGAAAGAAUUUCGACGUUCUCGGCCGCCUGAUUAAACCACGGUGCGAAAAUAUCAAAAGCCUCCCACUGAUAGUGGCACAGUGGGAAACGAUUAACUACUAUCAACGUUAAGAGAAGAACAAAAAACUUCCCGAUAGCCAUGAACGAUUGUUUCCGUGCAGUGGUAGAUUACGCUACCAGGUGCUUCAGAUGCCAUGAAGACUCCACCGCUCAGGGCAAUGAACCGAAUGAACGAACACAUCUGCUUGACAAUCCGGUCAGCAAUAGUCCCGCCGUCCGGAGGUCGGACAGUGAGGACCUUACGCAGGAAUACCCCAACUCGGUACCGAAGAAGGAUGAUGUUUCGGCGCUAAACAAAAUCAUACAAGACACUGCAGCGAAUGUAAUUGAUGUCGCUGCCAUGGACAUCCACAACAUUGAACCUCACGAGUAUAACGACCGGGUGAAGAUCUACUCGCAAAGACUGGAACAGCAAUGGAACACGGUGCAGCAUCCGAAUCAUGUUCACCACGUUGGUUUACUCAAGGAUAUCGCGACGAAUCCAGAGUCAGUACUAACUUCCGUACCCAUUGUACAUGCAGAUUUAAGCAUGAUCCGUGACAUGGUCCAGCAGGCAAAUGUGGCCGUCGAGGAGAUCAAGGUCAAUCAUACCGAAAAUCUGGUGGUGCCUUUUAGGAUUCCAUAAUAUCACGCCAUUCGGCGGCAUCUGUAAAAGCUGGAAGCAUUCUUGUAACUAUGCCAGGAGCCGCGCUACUAAAAGCUUACUCAGUUCUCCAUCGUGUUAACAUAUAGUUGUUGUAUGUGCACAUAUUGAAUUCGCUAAUUGAUUUUGUUUUGUUUCUCGUGGCAAAGUUUAACUUUUUAUCAAUGUCGAGAAUUAACUUUCGUUUCCGAAUGUGUUAUACAAUGUUAGUGUCGUAGCUAGAUCAAGAUUCAACAGUGUAAAAAUGUUAAAAGCUCCUUCAGCGUCUUUGAGCAGUUUUAAAGCCAUUGCGUUCUAGAAUUUGCGUAAAGUUAGGAUAUUACGAUUCUCCCCCUUCCUUUCCUCUCAUACACGCACCAACUCACAUGUACGAGCAAAAGUGCUAGCCUGUAAUUAAAUGAAUAAAUAUUCGUAAGUACAUAAGCUUUGUAUGAAA